CGCACUUUGCACCAUUGCAGCAGAACGCCGCUGACAGACGUGAAGGUAGUUAAGAGAUGAUAAAGAUGCCUACCAGUGCUACCAGUACAAGAAUCCUGCUGGCGGCCAGACGACCUGGCAAAAAAUCCAAAAAUGUGGCUCUUCUUAAAGAAAAGAUUCCAGACUACGAUCCCAACGUCCCGGAGCCGACAAGCCGAGCCGAGCUCCUUAAAUACUGGAUCAACCUCUCUCUGGAUGACAAGACAGCCAAUAAGAUGCUGUGGAUCACAGAGGGUGGAGCCAAAGUGGCCCGAAUGACAGAUGAUGUCACUUGUCCUGUACUGGACAGACCAGAGAGAUAUGAAAAUGUCCCUCAGGUUCUUUGCAAAGAAGGAAUCUUGGGUUUCCGGGCCUACUGGGAGAUCAAGUAUUCAGGCUGGGUGGUAGCCGGGGUUACCCACGAGGGCGCAGGCCGCAGGGGAAGCGACGGACCGUGCGGCCUGGGUGAAAACGAACAGUCCUGGGGUCUGGGUUGGGGCGGAUCCCAUUACCAGGUGUGGUUCAACGGCAUCUUCAACGAAAUCUGGGACAUUCCCCAAUUCAGCACCAUCGGCGUGUACCUGGACCACCCGGCAGGGGUGGUCAAUUUUUACGCCGUGGAGGACGAGGAGGGCCAAGGGGGUAAGAGCAGGCGGGAGGUGCGACUCCUGAGGCAGAUCAAAAGCUCCUUCAAGGGGAGGAUGAUGCCUGGUUUCUGGGUAGGACAAAAGUCCUCAUGUAUGCUAAGUAUGAAGGAAUAGACCAUUUGUUUGUUUUUUGUUUUGUUUCUUACAAUUUCCAUUUUUAUACAUUUCCAUUAGUUGAUAAAAAUUAAAUGGGUGGGGAAGUGCAUCAGUGAUUUGUGAAGAAAGUUUGUAUAUACGCCUUGUAUUUACCGAGAAGCAUUUGUCUGGUAUGUACAUCCAAUAUUUUACAGUAUUGUAUCAAUGUGUGUAGUAGCACCAUUUUGCAAUGUUUUUUGCAAUAAAAUAAAAUUGUUGAACUUGA